ACUGCCGCCGCCCUUGGCCCCGCUCGGUGGCUCGUUGUCUAACAGCUGCCCGUCGCCCAUGGUCACCGAAGAGCGUCGCCGCCGCCGCCGGCGUCCGGGCGGCCGGGAGAGCAGCGGCAAGUUACCCACAUAAUCCGCCACCUUCCCCUUCCCUUUGGCCAGCUGUCCUUACCGGAGCGGGGUCCGCUGGGGCGAUGCAGGCCGAGGCCGGGGCGGAUCCACGGGGGCCGCCGUUGCCGCCGCCGUUGCCGCAGAUCGUCCACCUCGGCAACCUGGAGAGCCCGCGGGCGGCGCGCGGCCGCUACGUGCUGACGAGCCCGCGCUCACUGCGAGCGUGCGCGCGCCGCGGCCGCCGCCCCAUCCAACUGCUGCCGCGCGCGCCCGCCGACUGGGCGCGGGAAUUCCCGCGCGAGCCGCCGCGCAGCCUCCAGCGACGCUGCCGUCAGCACGAGCGCGAGCGCCGCAGGUGGCUGAGAGAGUGCAGAGAAGAGAGAGAGCGCAUCAUUGAGGAAGAAAAAACGAGAAGAACACCCAUGCCAACGUUUGUAAAAUUUGAUGCUCAGAAAUUGACAAGUGAAUCUGGUUUCCCUAACAGCCACGCUCUUCAUGAAGGACAAAGAUCUUCAAGAGGUCCUCUGGCAGAUGAUAAGAGCACAUCAUCUGGCUGGUCUGCAUCAAGACAAGGGAAUAAGGAGCCGGAGGACAGGAAAGUAUCUGCCCACCUGAGGAGGAGAGUUUCGAAGGACUUUGUGGUUGGGCAUUUUCGGAAGGACACUAAUCUCGGUGAUUUACGGCAGUCACCUGCCACAGCAAGGAAACUGGACAAGCUGGUCAGUGAGAUCCGGAGAGAAUCCAACGUGAUCAUCCCUGAACGUGAUCGCAAGAUUGCCGCGUUAAUGCUGGUGAAACAUCAGGAAGAGCAGGACAGGUUGGAGCUACGCCUCAAGGCCCAGCAGUUCUGGGACAAGCUGAAGCGAGCAGAAAGACUAGCAGAAAUGAAGAAGGAGACUGAAAGGCAGAAAGGCUUAAUCAACAGUAUCGGCAGGUGGAAAAAAGAGCAGGAAAUUCGACAUUCCAAGAUACAGCAGGACGUAAAGCAGAUGGCUGAACUACGGGAACAGGAUGUGAUUUGGAAAGAGAAGAAGUGGAGAAUGUUAGCUGAGAAUCAGAAAUUGAAGAAGAAGGAAAAACUAGAUCAGGCCAAAUGUGAAGCGGAGAUCCGUAAAUCUCAGCAGAAGCAAUUGCAGAAACAAAGCGAAGCUGUCAAGCAGGACACCAAGGAGCAAGAAGUACAGGUGUCGCAGGCUAAGCUGUCAAAUGCUGCCCAGAAACGGCUGCUGAAAGAAAUGAGCAACCAGAACAGGAUCAAGAUGGAGAAUGAGCACGAGAAGCUGAGACACACCAUCCUGAAGAACGAGAUCGACACCCUGACCAAAACUGAGGAGCUCAUGGUCAGGAUGUCACUGGAGAGGAAGCUUCUAACGUUCAAGGAAAACCACAGGCAGCUGGUGGAAGAAAGGAAGAGAUCACUGAAGGAAAAGGUCAUUCGGGAAGAGAACCAGAUCCUCCAAGCCAAAGUAAAGGCCGAUAAACUGGAGCAGGAGCAGAAAGAGCGCAAGGAAGCGUUGGCCGAAAUCUCCGACCUGAAGAUUGAGCAGGCCCAGAAGACUCUGCUGAAGCGGGUGCAGAGCAAAGUCCUGCAGAAACAGCGGAGCAGAUCAGAAAAGGAGAGAAUCCACCAGCUGAUCAAAAAGAAAGUGGAGGAAGAGGAAGAAGAGUACCGGCAGGCGAUGAAAGCAACCAUCGAGAGGAAAGACAGGAGAAGCGAGGAGAUUCUGAAGGUGAAGGAAACUACCAUUGAAGAGUCCCGUCAGGCCGCCAGGGCAGCCUUCCAGAUGCGGGAGCGAGUGAGGGAACACAUCAACAGCCGCUCCUUUGACCAGAUGGCGAUGGAAGCUGAGCUCUGGGCGAGCUUGGUGAAAACGAUUGCACACUAAUGUUGAGGAACAAAAGGCUCACGUUGAUUCUUGGAUUGGGAAGAAUAGUUUUCUUACAUUUAGACCAGGCAUCAGCCCACCCACUCAUGCUUUGGUUCAUGGUGGUCCUUGGGGGUAAGCAACUUUCUCACGAAUGACUCAUACCCCGGGGAUCCGCUGCAAGAUGCGUACCAUGAAUCCCGGGGUGUUGCAAUAUGAUAGUUAAGUAAGAAUCCCUGAAGCAUUUUCAUAACCACGUUUAUACAUGAGUGUUGUGGUGCUAUCGAGAACAUCGGUCCCUUUGUCAUUUGAGGAAUGUGCUUGUUAAAUGUUUUUUACUUGAGAAUGAUUGGGUACCGUGCCCACAGAACAAGUCCGGUGUGCUUAUCAGGUAGGAUCAUGUGAAAGCUGUGAGCUUUGAGCUAUCCAUUAUCAUAUUAUUUAACCCAUAUUGAUGUAGUGGUGGACCUCCUGAGAUAGUCUCCUAUCAAAGGAUGUGCUCUGGACAGAGUGAAUGCUGAAAGCCAUCUUCUUCUCUCUGGGCAACCUCCAUUUUGCCAUUACACCCAUCCCCCCAUACCCCCCACCCCCCCACCCGCCACCGCCCCACUUACCCAAUGCUUGUGUGAACUUCCCUUGUGCAAAGGUUGGUCACUGGCCGUGGUGUGUGUGCAUCAGGGAAGAUAAGCAUGCAGGUACAGCAGGCAGUGAAGAAAACAAAUGACCUGUUGGCCUUCAUAACAAGAGGAGUUGAGUAUAGGAGCAAAGAGGUCCUUGUGCAGUUG